AUGGAGGCCGAGCAGGAACGGCCGGCCAAGCGGAUUCGUACUGGAAAAGCCUGCAAAUCGUGCCGCACGGCCAAAGCAAGAUGUGAAGUGCAACAGGAGGCAGAUAUCUGUCACCGCUGCCAAGUACUUGAUCUGGAGUGUGAACUACCGAAACGUAAUACAGCUCGCAUCCCAGCUCCAGCAUCAUCGAGCUCAGUCCCGGACAACAACAAUGUUGAAGAUCGGCUGAAACGGGUCGAGCAAAUGAUUGCGCGCUUAUCUGAAGCAGUCUUUCCACAACCCGGCCCUGUCUUGAACGGCAUUGGCGAUGCUGUCGUCAGCCCUGAUGCCACUCAUCCGGGUGAUGAUAGCACAGAAACACAUAUCUCGCAAAACUACCCGAAACCGGUAGAAAUUCUCCAAGACUUACAGUCUGAGCUAUACGGCCAAGUCGCUACACCUUCUGAACAGACAAGUCGUCUAGAUGUAGUCUCGAUGGGAAUACUGUCAAAUGACACCGCCAUCGAACUCUUGCGAACAUCCAUCGAUCGCUACAGCAAAUGGAUACCAUUGGCCGAGGUCGUCAAGUUCGUCAGCAAUGUGUCUCAAAGGUUUGUUCGCAAUUCACCUCUUUUGAUGAAUGUGCUCUGCUUGCUGGCGACUCGCUACCAUCCCGAGAUAGCUUCCCAAACAGUGUCAGACAUUUACAAGCACGUCAAACGGAUGGUCGCAGAUGCAGUAAUCGAUACACCUCCAGUCGCGAGUAGCGUUAUCCAGGCUUUCACCUUACUUUGUCUAUUCAGCCCUGCCGUUCAGACAGACAAGCCACUAGACAGUUGGCAUCUGAGUGCUAUUACUGCGAACCAUGCAGUCAUUGCUUUUGGCCCUAGCAACGUCCAGCAGCCAGGGGCCGCAGAAGAACGCACCAUCGAGCAGUUGCGCGUGUGGGGCAGUCUUUGCCUUACCCAUUUACAAUACUCCAUUGGCAGUGGUCGACCACUCACAAUCGCCAUUCGACUGAUGGAUGGUUGUCGCCGCCUACUCGAACAACCUACAAUCAUGCCUUUCGACACACCUCUGAUAGCAGAACUCCAGUUCUACAUUUGUCUUCACACCGCUCUUGGAAAUCCUGCCGCAACACCCGAAUCUGCCUUUGCACCUUGGGACUUUGCUUGGAGCCGGUUCCUGACCAAUUCUGGCCCGCCUAGGACUCUUGAAUUGUCCCAUUGGUUCGGUCACUUAUUGCUCCACCGCCGCAAUGCCUCUUCUCACCACGAUCAAUCGCCACAAUCUGCUCACGAGAGAAAUAUACCGUCCUGGCGAGAAAGUGCAAACAUCGUCUCACAAUUCGUGCGCGAUGCCUCGGAUCGCGCUCCAGACCUGCCCGACUUUGCUUUCUUCAUUGCGUCCUACGCUGCGCUGGUGCUUUGCGAGAGUGCCAUUGAUCAUCACUUGGUCGACAACCUACGUGCAUAUCUGUUCAAGGUCGCAUGCGGAGAGUCACAUAUUGCAUUCAAGCACGCGUGUAUUAUACAACGUGCACUGGAACGAUCAAGACAUGCUGAUGUAAGUGGUGAAGAUAGUACGAAUGGUGGUCCUGAGCUCUCUCCUAACACCGCCGGAACCCCUCUACCUUCACAGUCCAUGAACUUGAACGAGUUCGAUGCUUUGGCUGGGUUUGACAUCUUCGGAGAGUACUUCACUGUCGGAAGUCUGUUAUGA